AACGAGUAAUUAAUGAGGUGCAGAAAACCACAUCGAGCAUUACUAAUCUACAAAUCCAGUACCGAGCACUGGAUUCUAUUAAUUUAUUGUUGCGCGAGUUUUCGGUGGAAUUAUAUCAUUCGAAGAUAAAUUUUAUAUCGUAUGAAUGUUUUUCUGGAGUUGAUCUGCAAUUUUUGCACUCAGUAAGUAAAUUUUAUAUCACAGCACCAAAAUGUCAGUUAUUAUGGUAUGAAAUUAACGAAACAAUUAGUUGAUAGGUCUAAUUAUCACUUAUCAAUUCAUUUUAUUACAAUUCGUGAGAGAUACGAGUGGAAAUUCUUCGAUUCAACUUGAUAAAUAACGGAGAGGAUAUCCAUCAACAAUUGAUUAGUGAGUGAAUGAUUUAACAAUAAUUAUUUAAAAGGAAAUAACACUUGUAAUUCAAAUAAUGAACACUCCGAAGACAGGGCGCCAUGUACCACACAAACAAGCAUAUAAGUAUAUAAAUCCUCACACUAACACCGUCUAAUAAUUUCGCCAUGUGUUUCGUCUCGGUGGUCGGUCCAAAUUUUUGAAAAAAAAAUUCCCUCUCGAGUGAAUCCAACAGGAAAAAUUAUUAAAUGUAUACACGAAUGUACAUUUCUCCAGUCUUCUCCAAACAUUCGCAUCUCUUACGCACUUGUGCGUAUAAUUAUUCAAUUUUACGUACCUACUCAUUAUCAACAUUGAAAUACCAUAGCUACGAUAAUUCAAUGUCUGAAAAAGAUCUUCAACGUCAAUUGCAAAAGCUGCGACGAGAAAAGCUCUCGAAAUUCGAUAAAGUAUCUCCCAGUACUGUAACCCUCCAGGUACUGGGUUGUGGUGCACCUGGAUCACCAGCUAGUCUCUACGUCUCGACAGAUCAUUCAAAAUAUCUAUUCAAUUGUGGUGAAGGUACCCAAAGACUAGCUCACGAGCAUCAUUUGAGGUUAUCAAAGUUGGAGCAUGUUUUCUUCACAACUCCCACGUGGAAAAAUAUGGGAGGACUACCCGGUAUGGCCUUGACUAUCCAGGAUGCUGGAGUACCGGAAAUAAAGCUCCACGGACCAGAUGGAAUAAUUGAUAUUUUUGAUGCUGUCAAACGAUUUGCUUUCUUAGCUCACUUGACUGUAUCCGAGGCUAAUUGCGCCGAGAGUACUGUCUACAACGACUCUUGCAUGACAAUUCGUUACGUUCCAUUGAUCAGCACAAAUUCCACGUGUGAGACUCCCUCGGACUCUGACCAAUCAUUAAUUAUUCAGGACGACACUGAUUACUACGCCCACGAAUUUAAUAAAAAUGGGAAACGACGGAUUGAGCAGUAUCAAAAACGUCAGCGACCGUUGAUUAAUAAAUUACCCAAGGUCGAGUCUAGUCUGCGAAAAAUUACGGGAUGUAUUGCGUACAUAUGUAAAUUGCAUCCAAAGAGUGGAAGAUUGAAUCUUGAGAAAUGUGUUGAGAAAGGAGUGACUCCUGGACCUGUUCUCGGUGAUUUGAAAGCUGGAAAGGAUGUGACAUUACCUGAUGGCACCCUCAUCAGAAGUGUGGACGUGUGUGAUCCAGAAAUUCCAGGUCCGGUGUUCAUCGUAUUGGAAUGCCCCGACGAGAAUUAUGUAGAUUCUCUAAUAUCGAAUGAGAUAUUCCGAGAAUAUCAGAGUGAUGGAAAAAUAGAAGAUAAUUGGGCGGCUUGUGUCGUUCAUUUUACCCCCGAGGAGGUAUUGAAAAUGAAAAAAUACAGAGAAUGGAUGGAGAGAUUUCCAAAAACCACUGAGCACUUGAUUAUCAAUGGGGCAAAUGAGUCUUACAGCUUCGAAGCGCUUCAUAAAAUUCAGCACAAAUUAAAUUUGGUUCAUCCAACUAUUUUUCCAAUUAUCGGAGACUCCGUGGAUAAUAGUAAUGAUAAUGUGGAAAAAAAUGAUGAAGAAUUGAAUCUGCGAAUUCACAGAGCAAAAACCCUGAAUGCUUUUCAUUUAAGACCACUCGAUGGUUUCGAUAAAACAGCUGAAAUAAAACUGAAUAGAAAGGAAGAUAUUGACGAAGCUUUUAAUGUCGAUGGAUUUCUCGAUGCCUUGGCUGAGCUGCAGACGGAAAUUAAUGCGAAAUCAAAAGCACUGACGCAUUUACCUGAGUAUCCAAAAUUAUUAAUCCUCGGGACGGGCUCUUGUGUACCAAGCAAAGUGCGAAAUACUAGUGGAAUUUUAUUGAGAAUCAAUCCUGAAACGAGUUUAUUAUUCGACUGCGGUGAAGGUACUCUAGGACAGCUGACUCGUUUCUUUGGGAAAGACAAAAUCAAUGGGGUACUGGAAAGCAUUAAGGGAAUAUAUAUUUCCCAUCUCCACGCAGAUCAUCAUCUAGGUCUUAUCAGUAUUCUACAACAACGUCAACUCAUCACGAAGUAUCCGGUAUUUCUGUGUGCACCUAAACAAAUUUACUCGUGGCUACAGAUUUAUCAUCUUAAAUUUGAAGGGAUUAAUAAGUCUUUCAAUUUAAUUCCGAAUCAAAAUUUGAUUCUCAACUCGCACAAGCUCCCUAUCAAUAUACAAGAACAAUUAAAAGACUCAUUGAAAAUUGACCAAAUUAGUACUGUUGAAGUUAAUCACUGUCUCCAUUCAUUCGGAGUUUCAGUGAUUCUUGAGAAUGGACAAAAAAUUGUUUACAGCGGUGACACACAACCCUGUAAUUAUCUUGUAGAUCUCGGUAGAGACUGCGAUCUUCUCAUUCACGAAGCCACAAUGGAGGAUAGUAUGGAAAAGGAAGCCAAAAUGAAAAUGCACUCAACUGUGUCCCAAGCAAUAACAAUCGGUCAACGAAUGAAUUCUAAAUUCACUGUACUUACGCACUUUAGUCAAAGAUAUUCGAAGAUACCGAAUCUACCCAACAAUCCUGACGAUCAAAACCUUUUAAAUGUUGGAAUUGCCUUCGACAAUAUGCACGUAAGUCUUUCCCAAUUACCACUUUUACCUCUAUUUUAUCCUGUUUUACGGAUUUUAUUCAGCGAAUCUUUAUCGUUGCUCGAAGAGAAAGCACUGAAACGUAAACUAAAAGAAAACAGAGCAGUAGUUGACGCAAGGUAGUGUCACCUUUUUUUUUUUUUAUGAUUAAUGAACAAAGAAAAUUUUCAUUUCUCAUUUUAUUAAUGAUGUGUCUUUUUUCAUCUCCAUUUCCAAUGAUUCUUUCCUUCAGUUAGUUAUUAAGCAAUACAAUACUGUAAUAUACCGAAUUGUGAAGAAUUGUAUAAAGCGUAAUAGAGAAAAUUUUCUUUAAAAAAUAAUAAAUAAAAUGA